CAAUAUGGCGGUGCCGUUGUACGUGAACUCGGCGCUGGGAAUUACGUCACACCCGAGUUACGCUUCACAAGUCGGAAACCCAAGAUGGAUACGUCCAAGCAAAAAUUUGUUGUUCUUGCUGUUGAGGAAUACCAACAAUUAAAGGACCAAUAUGAAGUCCACCUAAAAACUGUAAUGGAAGAAGAAAGGAGACGCAGGAGCAUACUUAUAUCCUCAAUGCUGCGUUCAACACAGCGACUUAAAACUGGAAUAGAGGGAGAAACCGAAGCAACUCCGACUUCAGAAUCCAAAAUGGCUUCUGAAGCAACCAACAUAUAUUUGGACACCAACAUGAACAUGUUCAUGGAUGCCCAGAGGAGCACUCCAUUUCCUGGUCCCUUGUAUCAGAAGGAAGCAGACCCCACCACAUUCUACUUGAAUGAGGACCUGACUUUCCAGAUCAACGUGAUUGAAGCUGAAGACUUGCAAACCAUAACAGAGGCCUGCCAGGAGAACAUUGAUGCUGCAUCCAAUGCGUUACCAUCACCUGUGCCAAUGCCAGCAAAUGAUGGCUUCAGCAAAGAGCAUUCUUUAUUUUUGAUCAACUUUAUGCGGGAGCACAUUGAAAGUAAAGGUGAAGGACACCCCAAAACUCUGAAUGAGCUAAAUGCACGGCUUAAAUCUUCCAAGUGCAGUAAAAAACAGCUAUGGAGAGAUGCGGCAGAAAAGUUGACUGGCCAUUUCAUGCAGUCGUUCUGCCCUGACAAAGUGGCCAGGAAGUGGAGUACACUUGCAGAAGCCUACAAAAAAAUUAAUGAUAACAAGAAAAUUCAGAGAAAGAAGAAAAUCCGCUUUCAGUUUUAUUCAGAAAUGGAUGACCUUUUUAAAGGCCAGCAUGAUGUGGUCUUUCCUGCUGUUAGUACAUCACACUCACCUGUGCCAAUGCCAGCAAAUGUUGCCUUCAACACAGACCAGACUUUGUUUUUGAUCAACCUUUUGCGGCAACACAUCGCAAGUAAAGGCGAAGGACUCCCCAAAACUCUGAACGAGUUGUUCGUUCGGCUAAAAUCUCCUAAGGGCAGUAAAAAAGUGUUUUGGAAAGAUGUUGCAGAUAAGUUGUCCACCCAUUUUAAGGAGUCUUUUAGCCUUGACAAAGUGACCAGGAAGUGGUAUACACUUGUAGAUGCCUAUAAAAAAAUUAAAGAUAGCAAUAAAACACCAGGGAAGGAUAAAAUCCGCUUUCAGUUUUAUUCAGAAAUGGAAGACCUUCUGGGAGGGCGGCAUGAUAUGGUCUUCCCCGUUGUUGGUCGUGGCAGACCUCAAGCAUUAGAAAGUUGCGACUGUGUGACUGCACCACCCCAAACUACACCACCAACGUCCACACCACCUCCUUGUAAGCGUCAAAAAAUGGAUAGUGAAUUGAUGCAAUAUUUGCUGGACUCGGAAGAAGCCAGUCAACGGCGUCAUGAAGAGACUCUAGCGCAGCUAAAGUCUGCUCAGCAGGGUUUUGAAGCUCUCAUGACAAAGUUGCUUGACAAACUGUAGCUGUUUGUCAUUUGAUGUUUGGUAAUGUGCUUAAGGAAUGUAAAAAUGUUUUUUUUUUAUUUGAGGAUAUUAAGACUUGUGUACUAAAUGUAUAUUUUGAUUUUGUUAAAUGUACUAUUUGGCAGAUAUUGUCUGUUUAGGUGUCAGAAGAGUCUUGCAGGUUUCAUACGUUUGGCACACAAAUAAAAAAGCAUUUUUCAGCUUCUU